AGCAUCCCGAGAAGGCCGAUUGCGGGCCAAACAGCAUCACCAGGAGACGAUUGCGUCAGCUUGCAGCGCGGCGCCGCCAACCCGGUUAUUGGCCGUUCGCCAGGAACACGCACACGAUCCCGACGGCACACGCUAUGAUCCUUUGCCGGGCGACGAUCGACGACGACGCCGGUAGCUACUGCUACUGCUCAGUGGUGUUAUACGGAGCGCUGCUGUGCUGCUGACGGGGAUCCGGCGUGACCUUAACCUUAGUGCUCGAUCCGGGCGGUGCUCCUAACCCUGUGCCUUUAUGCUGCCUUUAGUGUGCCUUAAUCUGUUCCUCGCUCUGUUCUGUGUCUAAAGCCCCACUAUCGGGUGAUCUUCUACUGUGCGGUGCUGGUGUGGUGUGUGAUAUCGAAGGAACGAUGGCUAAAGUAGGCGACAUGGACAACCGGCCAGCCCAACAGGGCUUCAGGCGUGAAAGCGAAGAGGCCAAGCCAGCCACCGAUGGCACUGCGGAUGCCGCCGUCGCCUCUGGCAGUGGUGGUAUUAAGAUGAAAAAGGAGCUAGGGCUGAUGGACGGUGUGGCGAUCAUUGUCGGUGUGAUAGUGGGUGCCGGUAUUUUCGUGUCGCCCAAAGGGGUCCUGCUGUACUCCGGAUCGAUCGGGCAGGCGAUCAUCGUGUGGAUACUGUCCGGUGUGCUCAGUAUGGUCGGUGCUCUCUGUUACGCCGAGCUCGGAACGAUGAUACCCAAGUCCGGCGGUGAUUAUGCGUACAUCGGCGAAGCGUUCGGGCCACUGCCAGCCUUCCUGUACCUGUGGGUCGCCCUGCUGAUCCUCGUACCGGCCGGCAACGCAAUUACGGCGAUCACGUUCGCGCAGUACCUUCUGCAGCCACUCUGGCCCACCUGUGAGCCCCCGUACGAGUCCGUCCGGUUGCUGGCGGCCGUCAUAACCUGUCUGCUGACGGCCAUCAACUGUCGCAACGUGAAAUGGGUCGCCCGGGUAACGGAAACGUUCACCGGGAUGAAGGUGCUGGCACUGCUCGUCAUUGCAGGGGCCGGAGCCUGGCAUCUGUUCAGCGGCAACACGGAACUGCUUGAGUCCCCGUUCGCCAACUCGAAACUACAGCCCGGCUUCAUAGCGGUGGCGUUCUACAACGGACUGUUUUCGUACUCGGGCUGGAACUAUCUCAACUUUGUCACGGAAGAGCUGAAAGAUCCCUACCGCAAUUUACCAAGAGCGAUCUGCAUCAGUAUGCCCGUCGUGACGAUCAUCUACGUGAUAACGAACGUUGCUUACUUUGCGGUGCUGCCUCCGGACGAGAUGCUCUCCUCACAAGCCGUCGCUGUGACGUUUGCGGAGAAAAUGCUAAGCUUCAUGGCCUGGACGAUGCCCCUGUUUGUGGCGUGUUCCACCUUCGGCUCGCUAAACGGUGCCAUCUUUGCCUCCUCGCGGCUGUUCUUUGUCGGCGCACGAAACGGGCACCUUCCGGCGGCACUGUCACUGAUCAACAUUAACUGCCUUACCCCGAUACCAUCGUUGCUGUUUUUGUGUGCUCUUACCCUGUUGCUGCUCUUUAUCCGGGACGUUUUUGCGAUCAUCAACUACGUGAGCUACGUGGAGAUUCUGUUCAUCUUCAUUUCGGUCGCCGGACUGCUUCGGUUACGACAGAAAGCACCAGAUACUUACCGCCCGAUCAAGGUGUCCCUCGUGGUGCCCGUAGUGUUCCUGCUGACGGCCGGGUUUUUGGUCAUAUUCUCGGUAUUCGAGUCACCGAUGGAGGUUGGCAUCGGCACGCUGAUCAUACUGCUGGGCAUUCCGGUGUACUACAUCACGAUCGCUAAACCGUGGAGUUGGUUGACGCAAAAGUCCCAGGCGUUCAAUACGUUCUGCGCAAAGCUGUUCCUGUGCAUGCCCAACAGCGACAAGGUAGACUAGUUAGUGGCCACGAAAAACACGCCGGAGACCACGGACACACGCGCUCAGCAAUCUCUAGAUUGCUCACAUAUCACACAACCAUUGUAAAUAGGCUCUGUUGUACCCUAUCAUUCCAACUGUCGAGAAUAACGGGACCGCUCCAGUAAUGUCUGCCAACGAAAGCUAUCUUCCCGCGCGUCAAGCUCUCAAUUUAGCAUAAGAACGAUUCGAAAUCAUAUACGUAGCAGUAUACGCAGCACACGCAAGCGUAACGCGCCCAGCGAAACAGGGGGCCAAUGUGGGAUGCGAAUGAUAAAGAGAGGAGCACCGUGGUGCGCGACCCAUCCAUUCCCCCGAAUUGGCCGAGCGCAGUGCACGCCACAACACAACAGAACAACGAAGACUGUUAUCGACCCUAUUUUGCGAAGGGAUUUUAUAGAAUAUUUUCUAGACCGUAAGC